GGCUACCCCAAUCCCCAAUACCCUUCCCCUGACCCCUGGACCUAGAGGCUAGAGGCUGGAGCUCUCGAAGCCUUUCUUCCUCACCUCAUCACACCAACACUCUCUUCCUCGCAGUCCCUCUCAGUCUAGAAGACUCUCUUCCUCUGCUUCGUCUCCGUCGCGUCUCCUCCGUCGCUGCUGCGGUGCUGCCUCUCCGUCACCAGAAUCUGCCUCAUCCAAUCGCAUAGCCACCAGCCCACCACCACCAAUCGAGCAGUUCACCGCCAUCGCCACCGCAUCCUGCAGCCACAGCAGCGACGACUUUGACCACCGCAACCACCACCGCGUCCUCUUUCGUCGCCGAGCUCGCCUCCUCUUUCGUCGCCGUUACUCGCCGCGAGCAAAUUGGAAGAGGAGCGUUUGGUUCUGCUUUUCUGGUCUGAGAAGAAGAGAUAUGUGCUGAAAAAGAUUCGCUUGGCAAAGCAAACUGAGAAGUUCAAACAUACAGCACACCAAGAGCAAAGUUCUGCUUUGCUUUGUUUGCUGUGUGUGCAGAGCAUCGAGCUCCUCCGUGGCUUAAUGGCGCCCACUAGCUAGGGCCACCGUAAUUCCUCUCGAGAAGAAACCUUCACUUCCGUUCUUCCCUUCAACUUCAACGAUCUUGGUGAAUCCCUUUCUUUCGCACUUGCUCUUGCAAAUCUUUACUACAUUUUCACCGUUAUAUGCCGACUCUAUGCACCAUUGUGAUUUUGGGAUAGCACUGAAUAUCCUGUUAUCGUUUGGAAAGCAGUUGGUCUAACCAUGAUAUGGUCGAGGCUAGGUAGGAGAAUCCAUCUCUCACCAUACUUUAGGACUUUGCAAAAUGCCUCUCCUGAAUCCAGGUGCCUAUCUAUUGUUUCUGAAGUAUCAAGUUACAAGUCCAUUAGUUGUAAUAUUGGGUUCCAACAUUUUUUCACUUCUACAAGACAAUUGUCAAAGCUUGACCAGGAAUUGAGUAUAAAGUCAUUCCAUCAGUGUUUUCACUCAUUGGCCUCUGCUUCACAGAAUGUUAGAAGUUCAGGUGCUACAUCCGGUGUUAGACAUUUUUCGUCUCAUGCGUCCAAAGAAAAGAAAUCACAAAAGAUGCUCUUAUAUUUGACUGGCUUGGUUUUUGGAAUGGUCGGAGUCACCUAUGCUGCUGUUCCCUUGUACAGGAGAUUUUGUCAAGCAACUGGCUAUGGGGGAACUGUUCAAAGGCGUGAGACUGUUGAAGAAAAGAUUGCACGACAUGAUAAAGAGAAAACAGUUGCCACAAGGGAAAUUGUAGUGCAGUUCAAUGCUGAUAUUGCUGAUGGCAUGCCAUGGAAGUUUAUUCCUACUCAAAGAGAGGUAAGAGUCAAACCUGGAGAAAGUGCCCUCGCAUUUUAUACGGCUGAAAACAAAAGUUCCACUCCAAUAACCGGUGUUUCUACAUAUAAUGUCACUCCUAUGAAGGCUGCAGUGUACUUCAAUAAAAUACAAUGCUUCUGUUUUGAGGAGCAGCGGCUUCUUCCUGGGGAGCAGAUUGACAUGCCUGUAUUCUUUUACAUUGACCCAGAAAUUGAGACCGACCCUAGAAUGGAUGGUGUCAAUAACAUAAUAUUAUCAUACACUUUCUUCAAGGUUUCUGAGGAGUGAGAUCUCUUGAAUGUUUACAUGAGAUUCAAAUAACAAGCUUGCUACUUGCUACGACUAAAGGCAAACGAUGCUUAGCACAUCCAUGAAGCUCAAGAUAUGAUUACAUAUUUCUGGUGAUUUGUGAAGGACUGAACUUCGUUUGUAAUUCAAAUUCAAAAUAAAGAUGAAAUUACCUUUUCUCCCAUAAGUUUGCGAAGUUCUUGAUCGUUUCCAGAAGGGCUGUUAGAAAACUUUUCCGAUCAAGUUUUGAACAUUUGAGUUACCAGGGCAUGAGGUUGUGAAUUACACUGAAUCUAUUGUCUAAAUUGUAUUUGUAUCAUUCAGUAUCACUUUGCAUUAUUAGUCACUUGUAGAACAGUUAAGAUAGUUCAAUAUCUUGCUGAAUCAGUGUUACUUCAGUGUCUUGACAUUACAAUGUGAAAUGAUAAAGUGAAGUAGUAAAAACCUUUUGAUCAAAUAACUUUAUUAUAA